AUGUCGGAGCGGGGCGGCGGCGGCUCCGAGCGCGCCGCGCUGGCCCUGGCCCGGCUCUCCGAGUGGGUGGACGCGCACCUGGGGCUGCUGCGGGGCCUGAUCACCGGCGCGGCCGUGGCCGGGGUGCUGCUGCUGGCGCGGAGCCUCCGCGUGACAACGAAAUUCACAAAUCCUUUGGAAAUACCUGUGGAGUUUGUGGAAAAGAAUGUGAAACUGAGAGGGAAAUUACAUCACAUCACAGAGAAGGGGCUGGAAGUUGAGCACAUUCCCAUCAGCAUUCCUUUCAUCUCAGCCAUCCUGAGAAAAUGGCAGCCCGAGGGGCUCCUGCUGAUCCGCCUGGCCGGCGUGGAGCUGGCUGCAGGGGGCACGGCCUGGCUGCAGCGGGAGCUGCUCCCCAAACAGCCCCUGUGGUUCCAGCUCCUGGGCAGGGACAGCUCGGCCCUGGACUGCCUCGUCCUGGUCCAUAAGGGUGGGUUUUUCAGCAUGUGCUUGAAUGAAGAGCUGCUGAGACAAGGGCUGGCCAGAGCAGCCCGGAUUGAGGGGCUGCCUCACCACUCCCGCCUCUACUGGAAACUGCACAAAAGGCUCCUCCGGGCUGAGUUAAAGGCUGUGAAGAAAAACAAAGGCAUAUGGAAGGAGCAGAGCUACUCUGAAAGAAUCCAGGAGCGCAUAAGCAGCAACAAAUUCCUGCAGAGGCUGAAACAGUUUGUGAGCAGGUUUAGAAGCUCCACUGAGAGGUGAAAAGGUGGGGAAUGCAGCUCCCCAAGUUGUGGGGAAUGUGUAUGUUUGUGAUCACAAACAGUGCUGUGAUGUUGAGGGUCCCUGUCUCAAACACAAACCCCACAGUUCAUGGUUACACAGAAUGGAAACCCCCAGUUCAUGGUUACACACAAUAUAAGCCCCAGUUCAUGGUUAUUUAGAAUACAUCCCAUAUCAUACCCACACAGGAUUGAAGUUUAGCAGCAGUGUGCAGGCCACCAGUGAAAAUGUUCUGAUGCCAGACUUCUCCACAGUGAUGCCCUGAAUUACCUGUCCAGUUCCCACCUGCUGAACUCCUCCAGGCUGUGCUGCCCAGUGCAGGUUUGAGGGGCAGGGUCCCUUCACACCCCUGCAAUGAGCCACUGCUGCCAAGCCCACACCAGACACAAACCCCAGGUCAGGCCUUUACAAAGCUCGUGGGAUGCCUUUAAACACAACCUUUUUGUUUGAAUUCUGUUCUUAUGCUACUUUUUGGUGUAAUUUGUGGUUUAAAACUCAUUCAUCUUGAAUGAUGGGUUGCAUUGUUAGUGAUAUAAAAGGUGAUUUGUUAUGGUUGAUCUUAAAAAGCUGAUAAGGUUGUAAUAACUAAAGUUCCUCAGAGGAAAAACACCAUUUGGUGUAUCAAAGAAUAUAAUGUCAGGAAUCCAAAUAUUUCAAAGACAACUUUCAUUUGAAGAGGAAAAACCUGUGGGGUUUUUAUUUCUGAUGGUUCUGUAUCUGAAAUUAGAUGAACACAAAACUUUAACAUGAAAUUUGACAAGGUUGAUCAGAUUGUGCUAAGAACUUGAAUUCUUACUUUAUUUUUGAUACACACGUGAAGUAUAUGAGUGUAUUAUUAUUUAUGUUGUAAAUAUUCUCAGAAUAAAGAUUGAAUUUCUCAA